AGUUCACAUUUUGCUUGAAUGGCAAAUAGCCAGUCAGCUAGCUAGCUAGCUGUGACAAGACGGUUGGAGUAUAAUCUGACAAAGCAACAGACACAUACAUACAGACCUUUUUAAAAAUAUAUAUUUAUAAAUAACUUAUUUGGGACCAACAUGGCUUCAGGAGGCGAAUCUAAAAACGAUGAUCUUUCCACUGCAAUUUUAAAGCAGAAGAACAGACCCAACAGGUUGAUGGUGGAUGAAUCCAUUAAUGAGGAUAACAGUGUGGUUUCCCUCUCUCAGGCUAAGAUGGACGAGCUUCAGCUCUUUAGGGGAGACACAGUCCUGCUCAAAGGGAAGAAGAGGAGGGAGACUGUAUGCAUUGUGCUCUCGGAUGACACCUGCUCUGACGAGAAGGUGCGCAUGAACAGGGUCGUCCGCAACAACCUGAGGGUGCGCCUCGGAGACGUCAUUAGCAUCCAGCCAUGCCCUGACGUGAAGUACGGGAAACGGAUUCACGUUCUGCCCAUCGAUGACACGGUGGAGGGCAUCACAGGCAACCUGUUUGAGGUUUAUCUUAAGCCAUACUUCCUGGAAGCCUACCGACCCAUCAGGAAAGGGGAUAUUUUCCUUGUGAGAGGAGGGAUGCGGGCCGUGGAGUUCAAGGUGGUAGAGACAGACCCCAGCCCAUACUGCAUUGUUGCUCCAGACACAGUCAUCCACUGUGAGGGAGAGCCAAUCAAACGUGAGGAUGAGGAGGAAUCCCUGAACGAAGUUGGUUAUGAUGACAUUGGAGGAGUUAGGAAGCAGCUGGCUCAGAUUAAGGAGAUGGUGGAGUUGCCCCUUAGACACCCGGCCCUGUUCAAGGCGAUUGGCGUCAAGCCUCCUCGUGGAAUCCUGCUGUACGGCCCCCCUGGAACUGGAAAAACACUGAUUGCUCGUGCUGUUGCAAAUGAAACUGGAGCAUUCUUCUUCCUCAUCAAUGGCCCUGAAAUUAUGAGCAAACUCGCCGGAGAGUCUGAAAGCAACUUGAGAAAAGCUUUUGAAGAAGCUGAAAAGAAUGCCCCUGCCAUUAUCUUCAUCGAUGAGCUUGAUGCCAUUGCACCAAAAAGAGAGAAGACUCAUGGAGAAGUCGAGAGGCGCAUUGUCUCCCAGCUGCUCACCCUUAUGGAUGGGCUGAAGCAGAGGGCACAUGUCAUCGUUAUGGCAGCUACAAACAGACCAAACAGCAUCGAUCCAGCUCUCAGGCGAUUCGGUCGCUUCGACCGAGAGGUGGACAUCGGCAUUCCUGAUGCAACCGGGCGACUUGAGAUCCUCCAGAUUCACACCAAGAACAUGAAGCUGGCUGAUGAUGUUGAUCUUGAACAGGUUGCCAAUGAGACUCAUGGUCAUGUGGGAGCUGAUCUUGCUGCCCUUUGCUCAGAGGCUGCUCUGCAGGCCAUCAGAAAGAAAAUGGAUCUCAUUGAUCUGGAGGAUGAAACCAUUGAUGCAGAGGUCAUGAACUCUUUGGCAGUCACAAUGGAUGACUUUAGGUGGGCCCUGAGUCAGAGCAACCCCUCAGCCUUGCGAGAAACGGUGGUGGAGGUGCCUAAUAUUACCUGGGAGGACAUUGGCGGACUGGAGGAUGUGAAGAGAGAGCUACAGGAACUUGUUCAAUACCCCGUUGAGCAUCCAGACAAGUUCUUGAAGUUCGGCAUGACCCCCUCCAAGGGGGUUCUGUUCUAUGGUCCACCUGGCUGUGGUAAGACUCUGCUGGCAAAGGCCAUUGCCAAUGAGUGUCAGGCUAACUUCAUCUCCAUAAAGGGUCCAGAGCUGCUCACCAUGUGGUUUGGAGAGUCUGAGGCAAAUGUCCGGGAGAUCUUCGACAAGGCACGUCAAGCUGCCCCUUGUGUCCUGUUCUUCGAUGAGUUGGACUCCAUCGCCAAGGCCCGUGGAGGGAGCAUUGGAGAUGGUGGUGGUGCAGCAGACAGAGUUAUCAACCAGAUCCUCACAGAGAUGGAUGGAAUGUCUAGCAAGAAGAAUGUAUUCAUAAUUGGUGCCACAAACAGGCCAGAUAUCAUUGACCCUGCCAUCCUACGGCCUGGGCGUCUGGACCAACUUAUCUACAUCCCUCUUCCUGAUGAGAAGUCCCGAAUUGCCAUCCUGAAGGCUAACCUGAGGAAGUCUCCCAUAUCAAAGGAUGUGGACCUUGAUUUCCUGGCAAAAAUGACAAAUGGUUUUUCUGGAGCUGAUCUGACAGAGAUCUGUCAACGAGCAUGCAAGCUGGCCAUCAGAGAGUCCAUUGAAAAUGAGAUAAGGAGGGAACGUGAGAGGCAGACUAAUCCCUCAGCUAUGGAGGUUGAAGAAGAUGAUCCCGUACCAGAGAUUCGUAAGGACCACUUUGAAGAAGCCAUGCGCUUUGCUCGCCGCUCUGUCAGCGACAACGAUAUCCGCAAAUAUGAGAUGUUUGCACAGACCUUACAGCAAAGCAGAGGAUUCGGCAGCUUCAGAUUCCCCUCCAGUAACCAAGGUGGUGCUGGUCCAAGCCAGGGAUCUGGAGGAGGCAGUAGUGGAAAUGUAUUCACUGAGGACAAUGAUGAUGAUCUCUAUGGUUAACCUGAACCACACGGUGGACCAAAAUAAUCCAUUCAACCAGCCCGGGUUGUAAAAAAAAUUACAAACUGAAACCAAUUUGAUGUUUCUAUAAUUUUUUUUUUUUUUUUUUUUUAACAUAUCAACAAAUCUAUCUGCUUACAGAUACUGGAGAAAGCAUGUAGCUACUUGUCUUUACCAUGGUGUAUGAAAGAAAUUAUUCCCGUACCUGUUUUUAAUAGAUGGACAAGCAGGAAUGUGGCAUUUUAAGAGAAUAAAUUCUCAGUAGAGUGGGAUUUUUCUCUAUACACUAUACAUUUUGUGCCACAAUAGUGGUAGAUUGAGAAGAAAGGACAUUGGUAAUUUUUUUUUUUUAUAAACGUAGCAUAGGUAAUGUAUUACACCUUUUGAGAAUAUUAAAAAAAUAAAAUCUUACAAAAUGAAACAAAUUAACUAGUGAUAGUUCCCUGUGUAAUGUGGGUUCUUAGUCUAAUUUUGUCAAUUAAGGUAAAUCUGCAGGUAUGUAAUAAUGUGUGUUUUCCUGAAAUGUCAUUAUAGACAUUAUGUUUGCAAUUAAGCUUGUAUUAAGGAACAGAAAAUACUUCGGGAGCAUAACAUUUUAAUUUGAGGUCAAGUUAGGCUCUUCAAUUCUCAUUAAAAGAAAAAUACAGAAA